AUGGAGAGAGACCAGGACGGAACCCUGAGGGCCAGACUCCUCUACCAGGAAGUCUGCUUGGCAGCUCAGCGGCUUGAUCUUUUCCUUCAAAAAGAAAAUGCUCACAAAGAGGUGUUCAAGCCACACAUCCUGGCUCUCAGAGAGAUGGUUCAGCAAGCCUGCAUUAAACUUAUGUUCCUGCAUCCGGUGGUUUAUGGUAGGAAGGCAGAAGAGCUCUUAUGGAGGAAAAUCUACUCGGACGUUGUCAUGUUGCUCAUGAGGACCAACAGGAAACAAAUGGACACUUUCCAACACUGGGCGGGGCCCCUGCAGGCUCACUUGAAGGCUGGCCUCAAGUUCUAUGAGCAUCUCUUCCUGUUCCUUCAGGGCCACUACGAACUGAGGUUACAGGGCUACAUAGACUGGCCUCACAGUGCCGUUCAUUUGAUUGGCUGUAAGAAAGUGGGACCCACGUCAACAGAAGAGGCUUCAUGGGCCCGCAUGGCCUGUCACCGCUGUCUACUCUACCUGGGAGACUUAUUCCGCUAUCAGCAUGAGUUCCUAGACCUGGCCACCAAGAGCCUGGCGGAGAGAUGUUACUACAGAGCCUUGUCAGUGGCCCCACAUAUGGGGAUGCCCUUCAACCAACUGGGAGCGCUUGUUGGGAGAAAGUAUUAUGACCUUGAAGCUACAUACUACUAUCAGCGUUGCCUCCACUCAGAAGUGCCUUUUAAAGGAGCAGCGUGGAACCUCAAAAGGCUCUAUGAUCAUGCAGGAAAGAGGUACAGCUGUUUGAAAAGGUACCAGGGAAGGAAACUGUCUCACAGCCAGCGACAGUGUUGGGACAACAAACGGCUUCUGGUUAGCUUCCUUUACCUUCAGAGCCUCCUGCAGCCUAAGAGGAAAUUCAAAGCCGCAAGGCUGAUAGCCUUGUGCCAACUGGUUCUGGAGGACUUCCGUCUCUGUCUUUCCUAUCGGCCAUAUCAAUCUGGCCUGUCCCAGGCUCCCACAGAAGACAAGCCUCCUAAGGGCUACCUGUUUCUCCCGGAUUUCCUCAUCUUCCACAUGGUGGUUCUUUGCCUCAUGAACGUGCACAGUCUGAGAAAGUCAGACUCGAAACAGCAAAAGCCGGCUGUUGUCUUCACUUUGACGCUUUUCUCGUAUCUAGUCCAGCACGUGAACGCACGAAUCCAGGCUGAGCUGCAGAAGAGGAAGUUGACUCCGGAAGAGGCUUCUCCCGGCGGUUCAUGCUGGGACAAAGAGCCUGGAAAGGCAUAUCCAGAUUUUCCAUCUCCUGGCCUCCAGAACAGCAACUCUCAGAAAAGCCACAAGUGGUCUGGUAUUUCUGGAGAGAGUGAGGCCGGUUUUCAUUCCUGCUGUGACUCAGAUGAGACGGAAGAAGAGGAAAACUCAUCCUUGAGUUCCCAGGUCCAAUCGGACACCAGCAAUGAAACAUCCCACUCAGAUGGAACCGACGAAGAAGGUAGUGGCUCUUUGAGUUCAGAUGCAAUUCUGAAAAGUGGAGGUACAUCCAAACCUAAAGCUUCUCGUUCUAGAAAGAAGCCGAAGGCCUAUGUACCCCCAGGAAGUCUCCUUGAUCUCUUGAAAACAACCAUUUCUUCUAGCCUGCAGGCUCCUUUGGGCCAAAAACUCCAAGGGAAACAUGGCUUGUCCUUGGCUCCUGUUGUUAGUCAAAAUGUUCCGACACAUCAGAGUGAGCCAAACCCUUCUGUCAGCAAUUGUCUGGGACCCGAGGGUGAGAUGAGCAGCUUUCCUGAGACAGAAUUCCACAUGGGCUCCUCUUGGGAGCAGAAACCCUCCAUUGCCCAGAACAAUCUCCGGACCACUCAAUGGAAACUGGACAUUCUUUCUGCAGAGGGACUGUUGCCUACCAUCAAGGUGAUCCUGAGCUGGCUCCGCAGCAAUUACAGCCUCCUCUUGUCACACUGGAGGAGUGUCUUUAGCUUGUGGGACCACCUCUGUGUGCUGCUGAACCUGCUGCCCUCAGUGGGAGACCUUCAGCAGCCAGGCCUGGGCCUGUCUCACCAUCUCCAGGACUUGCUGCAGAGCUGCCAGUGGCCACAGACCCCCGCAUACCUUCAGCUCCCGGAAGACAUUGCCCUGUUCCAGCAGUGUCCUUCUAAGGUGUCCCAGGAUAGUGCAGGCACAGGACAGGAUCCGCCUCCACUCACCAGCCUGGAGGAAGUCAUUGUGCGUAUCUGUUUCCUCAGAAGUUUUGGUCACUUUGCCACUAGACUCCCGGGACAGUUUUUGAGGUUUGAUUCCAAGCUGCGUGUCUUUGUGAGCAGUACCAUUGAGAGGUCAGAAAAUGCAUCUCAGCAGCUUCCAAGAGCGACAGCAAGAAUCAGGUUUUCCAAAGACAUAGUCCAGCUCUGGCUUCAGCGUGAAGUGGCGUUGCUCGAGAAGACCCUCCGAGGCCCCCAGACUCGGUCAGUUUUGACCCCUUACCUGUUCCCUGACCCCAGGGCCCUCUGUGAACACCUUUCAGUCAUACAGAAACUAGCCACGAGUGCUAAGUUUUUUCUUAUCAUACCCAAGGUUGUGGUUGACACACUGUACAUCCUAAAAUGGGAAGACCACAGGGCCUUGGCAGCCAUCACUUUUCUAGAGGAUGAGCUAAAGAGGAGGAACCAGUACAUUCUCUGCCAGUCCUUUGUGUCCAAAAGGUUGGUGAGGCCCAGGAUGACUAGACCAGACUCUGAUGCCUGGGACCUCUACAAUAUUCUUGAGUUCUGCAAAAGUCUGCUGGACUCAUCCAGACCAGGGAUACUGGAGCCCAGCAGCAUGGUGACUAUCAUUACAGGUGUCUGUUUGGAACACCCUAGAAAUUUCUCAUACCCAUUGCAGUUGGUGCUGGGGAUGGCAACUGAAGCUGGUGUGGAAAUCAAGAACGUCCUGCGUUUUCACAAAGAAUGGAAGGUGAUCAGUUGA